GUUGAUGUUUUGUUUCCCAAGCCACUUAGUUAUCUCUUUUGCCUUAUGACAAGGUGCUCCAUCAUGCUGGAAAAUUCAUUGUUCGUCACCAAACUCUUCUUUGAUGGUUGGGAGAAGUUGCUCUUAUAAGAUGUUUUUGUACAAUUCUUUAUUCAUGUCUGUGUUCUUAGGCAAAAUUGUGAGUGAGCCCACUCCCUUGGCUGAGAAGCAACCCCACACAUGAAUGGUCUCAUGAUGCUUUACUGUUGGCAUGACACAGGACUGAUGGUAGCACUCACCUUUUCUUCUCCAGACAAGGAUUUAAUAUCAGUCUGUCCCUGAUGUUUUUCCUGGAGAGAAGAGGCUUCUUUGCUACCCUUCUUGACACCAGGCCAUCCUCCAAAAGUCUUCGCCUCACUGUGCGUGCAGAUGCACUGACGCCUGCCUGCUGCCAUUCCUGAGCAAACUCUGCACUGGUGGUGCCCCGAUCCCGCAACUGAAUCAACUUUUAAACCUCUCUCCUUGAAGUUCUUGAUAAUCCGAUAAAUGGUUGAUUUAGGUGCAAUCUUAGUAGCAGCAAUAUCCUUGCCUGUAAAUCCCUUUUUGUGCAAAGCAAUGGUUGACUGUACGUGUUUCCUUGCAGGUAACUAUGAUUAACAGAGGAAAAACAAUGAUUUCAUGCACCACCCUCCUUUUAAAGCUUCCAGCCAGUUAUUCUAAUUCAAUCAGCAUGACAGAGUGGUCUCCAGCCUAGUCCUCAUCAACACUGACACCUGUGUUAACGAGAGAAUCACUGACAUGAUGUCAGCUGGCCCUUUUGUGGCAGGGCUGAAAUGCAGUGGUAAUGUUUUUUGGAGGAUUAUCAGUUCAUUUUCAUGGCAAAGAGGGACUUUGCAAUUAAUUGCAAUUGAUCUGAUCACUCUUUAUAACAUUCUGGAGUAUAUGCAAAUUGCCUUCAUAAACACUGAAGCAGCAGACUUUGUGAAAAUUAAUAUUUGUGUCAUUCUCAAAACUUUUGCCCAGGACUGUAGAUACUGAGUAAAUAGUAAAAUUAAGUGGUUAUCAGAUGGUAUAAAUGUGUUUUCCAGUAGUUUAGUUACCCAGCAAUAUUUUUCAAAACAAGCAAAACUAUUUGAACUUUGGCCUCUAGUAAUCUAAUAAGCUUCCUUCUUGCAUAUAACUCUGUGAUUAAUAUAUUAACUCCUGAAAUAUUAUGCAGUAAAGUAUUCACAAUUAUAUGCAUGACAUAAGAGUAUAACAUACAUGUAGAUGAAAAUGGAGGUAGACAAAAAUGUUUGCAAUAUAAACAGUUAUAAUUUAUAAAUGUGGCUGAUCAAUCCCUUUUUAAUAUGUGUGUAUUUUUACAGAUAUAAUGUAGCUUUUAUCGCUUCCCUACUUACCAUAGAUUGUGUGUGCAAAUCAGGGAUCAAUUUAUUGUGGUUGUAACAUAACCCGAAUGUAUCGUUAUGUAGGUUAAUUGCAACAUCUUUAGCAGAUAAACAUAUGCUAUUUCAUUAUAAUGCAUAUAACAUUGUUGAAAUGUAAUCAAUCAUUUUUAGAAUAUACUGUUUAUUAUUUUUAUCUACUAAUUGCACAUUGCACGUGUAAUCAUUGUUUAGAAUCAAUUAAACCUGUUAUGCAAGAAAAUGGUUUAUUACAGUAGCUAUAAGGAUUCUGGCACAAAAAAAAAUAUAUUCAAACAGUCCGUCAUUUUAUUAACUAGUUAGUAUUUCAAAAUAAUUAUUGUUCCUUCAUUAUUACAAACACACACACAUAUGUUAGUGCAAAAUACAGCAGCACAGGGAAAAUACAUAGCACCUACACUGGACAUUCACACUACACACAAAUGCACUCACAUGCAUACAGACAUACACCAAUGCCCAGACUAACAUACACACAAGCGCACACUCACACACACAAAUGCACACACUCAUAUACACACACAUAUACACACACACACACUCAUAUACACACACAUAUACACACACACACACUCAUAUACACACACAUAUACACACACACACUCAUAUACACACACAAAUGCACACACACCACACUCACACACACAAAUGCACACACUCAUAUACACACACAUAUACACACACACACACUCAUAUACACACACAAAUGCACACACACCACACUCACACACACAAAUGCACACACUCAUAUACACACACAUAUACACACACUCAUAUACACACACAAAUGCACACACACCACACUCACACACUUAUAUAAGCACACACCACACUCACAAACAAAUGCGCACACACCACACUCACACGCACACACACAUACCCAACACUUACAUACACAAAACUUACAUGCAUACACAUACACAACACUUACAUACACACAUGUACACCACUUACAUACACACAUACAAAACACUCACAUACAUACACACACACAACACUUACAUACAUACACACACACAACACAUACAUACACACAUACACAACACUUACAUACAUACACAACACUUACAUACACACACACAUACACAACACAUACAUACACAUACAAAAACUUACAUACAUUCACAUACACAGCACUUACACACACACAUACAAAACACAUACAUACAUACACAGCCGUUACAUACACACACAUACAAAACACUUACUUACAUACACACACAUACACAGCACUUACAUACACACAUACACAAAAUACUUACAUACACACACAUACUCAUGUACACAUACAGUGACUUACAUAUAAAUACAUUCCAGGUGCACGCACAAGCAUACACACAGACACAAGUGUUCACACACAUACACAAGACUUACAUACACACACAUACACAACACUUACAUACAUACACACGCACAUACAAAACACUUACAUACAUACACACACACACAUACACAGCACUUACAUACACACACACACACACACACACACUCACACAAAUACUCACGUGCACAUACACUGACUUACACAUACAUACAUUACACGUGCACGCACAAGCAUAUACAUACACACACAUACUCACGAACACUACACAUACAGUAACUUACACAUACAUUACAAGUGCACACACAAGCAUACACACAGACACAAGUGUUUACACAUACCUACACAUUGCAUGUGUAUACUCAGAUAUAGAGCCAUUCACACACAAGGCUAGUAUUGUAUGUCAUCUGUAGAAUGCCGUUAGCAAGACUACCACUUGAUGGCAGCACUGUA